AGGAGAAUCAGUAUUCGGAGAAGUAAACGGAACAGAUACCAGUGAUAUCCGACGUCCGUCAUGUCUCCCAAUGCCUCAGAAUCUGAAAUCAUGGAGGAAGCGUCGAUGUCGUACACUGGUUCGGUGUCGCUGGCAGACGUGAAAGUUCCUCAAGACUUCAGCCCGAGUCUCGUACCGGCAGUGGAUCAUAAUAUGUUCUUCGAUCUGAAUGGAAGGAGAAAACGGCUCUGGCUUGUGACCGUGCCUCCGAACACUGACCCCGAGGAUCUCGAGGGAGCGAAAGUGAAGAAGAACAAGUGUGUGAUACCGUCAGGAAGCAAACGAUACGACGUUGCGACUAGAACGAGAAAGGAACACCAAGCAGUCGUGGUUCACAAGGACCUCGAAGCCGUUGCGGUUCGUAUGCGCCUGGCAGGGACAGUGAGCUUCCGUGAACGAAUUGAAGUUCCAGAGCUCGAGUUCGCCCUUCCCGAAGAUAAACGAAGCGCUCCACGCACCGAUGCCUGUCAACGGUUCGUCCCGUUCGGAUCCGAUAUGCCGAAAGUUCAUUCCAGGGAACUUCCCGAAGGAGGGAAACUGAAACGUAGAAAGAAGAAGAAGCGAUCGGAAAGGCAGGGGAGCUGAAAUGAAUGUUCCCCGUAAACUGUAACUAUGUAUAUCCACCACGAAUCAAAUACGAUCUUUCUGCGAUGUGAUGAAACGACCUGAACAUAGUUCGAACAUCGAGUAUAUUUGCAUACAUGCAUCAUGCCUUCUCAAAAUUG